GAUCCGCGAUCGCAGCGCGCUGUGCGCUCCGGCAUCCAGCUCGGCGCGGGCUGCGGGAAAACCUCCCCUCCUUUUCGUUUGAGUUCAUUCAGCUACAACAUAAAAUUGACUGCACCAGAUAUAAAAAUGGCAAAAAUCUGGAUCACAUUUUUUCUGCUCUUCUUAUCGGUUACUAUGUUCUUUGCCACUGCUACUCCAGCUGAGGGACAUCAGAACACCUCAGUGGUCUUUGCCCAGCUGAGUGUCACACGGAAUAAAAUCAUGACAGCACAGUAUGAAUGCUACCAGAAGAUUAUGCAAGAUCCUAUUCACAAGAAAGAAGGUCCUUACUGCAACAGGACCUGGGAUGGCUGGUUGUGUUGGAGUGACGUUGCUGCUGGGACCGUGUCAGUGCAGCGCUGUCCUGACUACUUUCAGGAUUUCAACCCAUCAGAAAAAGUUACCAAGAUCUGUGAUCUAAAUGGGAAUUGGUUUAGACACCCAGAAAGCAACAGGACGUGGACAAACUACACCCAGUGCAAUAGCCAUACCCAUGAAAAAGUGAAGACUGCUCUGAACUUGUAUUACUUGGCCAUCAUCGGACACGGUCUUUCAAUUGUAUCCCUUCUGAUUUCUCUUGGCAUAUUCUUUUAUUUUAAGAGCUUGAGUUGCCAAAGGAUUACCCUGCAUAAAAAUCUGUUUUUCUCUUUUGUUUGCAACUCUGUUGUAACAAUCAUUUCACUGACAGCCGUUGCCAACAACCAGGAAUUAGUUGCAACUAACCCAGUUAGUUGCAAAGUGUCACAGUUCAUCUACCUGUACCUGAUGGGUUGCAACUACUUUUGGAUGCUGUGUGAAGGCAUUUACCUGCACACUUUGAUUGUGGUGGCUGUGUUUGCUGAGAAGCAGCACUUGAUGUGGUAUUACCUUCUUGGCUGGGGUUUUCCACUGAUCCCUGCCUGCAUACAUGCUGUUGCAAGAAGUUUAUAUUACAAUGACAAUUGUUGGAUCAGCUCUGAUACUCAUCUGCUUUACAUCAUCCAUGGCCCUAUCUGUGCUGCUCUCUUGGUGAACCUUUUCUUCCUGCUGAAUAUCGUCCGUGUUCUCAUCACCAAGCUGAAAGACACCCACAAGGCAGAGUCCAACCUGUACAUGAAAGCAGUGAGAGCCACCCUGAUUCUGGUGCCACUGCUUGGCAUCGAGUUUGUGCUGUUCCCAUGGCGACCCGAGGGCCGGAUCGCCGAGGAGGUGUACGACUACGUGAUGCACAUCCUCAUGCACUACCAGGGUCUACUGGUGGCUACAAUUUUCUGCUUCUUUAAUGGCGAGGUGCAGGCGGUGCUGAGGAGGCACUGGAACCAGUACAAGAUCCAGUUUGAGCACAGCUUCAGCCACUCGGACGCCAUGCGCACGGCCUCCUACACCGUGUCCACCAUCAGCGACGUGCAGGGCUACGGCUACGGCCACGACUGCACCAGCGAGCACCUCAACGGCAAGGGCUACCACGACAUGGACAGCGUGGCACUCAAGACUGAGAAGCUCUAUGGCUGAGAGCUGGCUGGGCUCCUUCAGUGACUUCAUGGCCAGAAGACCUCACCUACCUUGGGAUGUGUUUAUUCUGAAUGAUGCAAGCUCAACCAACACGUUUCUCAUACAUAUGUGUGUGUGUGUAUAUGUAUAUAUAUACACAGACAUGCAUAGAUAUGUAUGUUUGUGUUUCUGUGUAUCUAUACAGUAUGGACAUCUGUACAUAUAUAUCUAUAUAUGUAUGUGCAUUUAUAUAAGGAUACAAACUUUGCCUCUUCAGUUUCUACUGUGUAGACAAAGUUGGCAAAUUUUUGUACAAAGGGAAUCAAUGAAGGAUUUCUUAUUUUCUUGGAAGUUUGUAUAAGACUGUGCUGUGUUGAAGCCACUUCAUUUGCCUAUACAAUCUUAGAGUGUAAAUACCAUACUCUGUUGUCUUAAUUCAACCUAAAAUAGAAUGAAGCAAAAUGGUUUAAGUAGGUGCAAUAAUAACAUGAAGUUUUCCAGGUUCUUUUUUUUGGUUCAGCAUUUGUUGGGCUGCCAGAAAAGCCUGACAGGUUGUCUGAGGUAACAGAUUCAAAGGUAGAUACCGCAGUUUUGGUUAAAGAGAUUGAUGCUUUGAUUUGUUCUCUUCCCACUGUUUUACACCAAGCACAGAGACACCACUUCCAGUGUUAGCCUUGAUGUACUUCUGUACUGCAAUGUAAUAUCUUGCACCAAGAUUUGAGCAAUUUUAUUUAAGCUAUUUCAGGAUAUUCAGAAGUGUCUCCUUCUCCUAAAUUGUAUGGGUU